GCAACGGAGAUGCCUGCGGUAAAGUUGUAAAUAUUUCCUCUCCUCAGAUUUUAAAUUAUCUCUGACGGAAAGAAAAACACAAAGAGGAAGGGAGAAAAGAUUUUAGGAAAAGCAGUUGCGUGGAAGGCGGUGACGAAGCACGCAUCGGUGAUGUCAACACUUCUUGCGGAUCCCGGAGACGUCAGCACUUCCUGCGCAAUUCGAUCGGCGUUGAAGGAUGGGCAAAGCCGAGUUCCUGACUCCCAAGGCCAUCGCCAACCGCAUUAAAUCCAAGGGACUGCAGAAGCUGCGAUGGUACUGUCAGAUGUGUCAGAAGCAGUGUCGGGACGAGAAUGGCUUCAAAUGUCACUGCAUGUCAGAAUCUCAUCAACGGCAGCUUCUGCUGGCGUCAGAGAACCCACAGCAGUUCAUGGACUACUUUUCAGAGGAGUUUCGCAAUGAAUUUCUUGAACUACUUAGAAGACGCUUUGGAACCAAACGUGUUCACAACAAUGUUGUCUACAAUGAAUACAUCAGUCACAGGGAGCAUGUUCAUAUGAAUGCAACAAUGUGGGAGACACUGACUGACUUCACCAAAUGGCUAGGCAGAGAAGGUUACUGCAAAGUGGAUGAAACACCAAAGGGCUGGUACAUUCAAUACAUUGACCGUGAUCCAGAAACUAUUUGUAGACAACAGGAACUAGAGAAAAAGAAGAAGCAGGAACUGGAUGAUGAGGAAAGAAAUGCCAAGUUUAUUGAAGAGCUAGUUAGGAGAGGAAAAGAAGGAAAAGAGGAGGACAUUCCAGUUUUUACAGAAUUGAAACGAGAAAAUGAGGAAGAAAAAGUUGCCUUUAAUUUAAACAAAGGACAAAGUGCAUCAGUUACAGCGGUUCCUAAAUCUAGCACUUUGGGACCAAGUCCGUUGCAAACAAUAGCUUCAGUAAAACGAAAGGAAUCAGGUCAUACUUCUUCAGAUACAAAGGACAAGAAGAAGAAAUCUGCACUGGAUGAGAUUAUGGAGUUCGAAGAGCAGAAAAAGAGAAGCCUUAGAAGAGACUACUGGCUUCACAACGGAAUAGUUGUUAAAUUAAUAACCAAGAAACUUGGUGAAAAAUAUUAUAAGAAAAAAGCAGUGAUAAAGGAAGUGCAAGAAAAGUACACUGCCAUUAUUAAAAUGAUUGAUUCUGGAGACAAACUGAGAGUUGACCAGACUCAUUUGGAGACUGUCAUUCCAGCUCCUGGUAAGAAGCUGUUGGUGGUGAAUGGUGGUUACCGAGGACAUGAAGCUGUUCUAGAUUCUAUAAAUGAGAAAAACUUCAGUGCUACAAUAAUCAUAGAAUCCGGACCUCUGCAAGGGCGGAAGGUUGAAGGUGUACAGUAUGAAGAUAUUUCAAAAUUGGCAUAAGCAGUCUUAAUUAUAGACUUAGUACUUUAAUAGUUCAAAGCAUCAUGUUGGUGUCCACUGAUUCUUUUUUAAAUUGCAAACUCUACUGUGUCAGGGUUUUUCAUUUCUAACUUUAAACGUUUUGAAUGUUUCUGCUACCCCAGCUCCUUCAAGAAUGUAAUUCAUGCUGUUGUAUUUUCAUUUUUGCAAUGGAAGGAUAUAUGUAUAAUAAUUCUUUGUUUAAUAUAAUUACUGGAAGUAAACCUGUUUAAAUGUUUUCUGUUGCAGUUCGAAGAUUUGGGUGUUAUAGUCAUUGUUAAAUGAUAUAUUUGAACAAAAAACAAAUAAAGCUUUAUUUUAAUUUCUUAAA